UAAACAGGGACCCGAAUUCACUGUAACACCUGAUUUAGUCAACGUAUAAAACUGGGAAAUUACUAGGAUUUCUACCCGUGUUGUCAAGCUCAAUUAAAGCAAUUAAAAGCUCAGUUUGGAAAUUCGCAUAAGUGACUUUACUCCAUAGUAGCCUAGAUUAGUUCGCGAGACGAUGUUUUCAGUAUGUUCCUGCUGGUGCGCAUCAUUUUUGACGGCUACAAAGAGGGGAAAUCGUAACUUAUACAGACUCGUGCAGAGUGUUGGUUCUAUCUCGACAAGCGGCAGAAUGCCCUGCUCAGAAAUUAUAGCAGUCUCUCCUAUGAAGAGGACUAAAACUGAAGUGGGCACUAACGACAAAGUUGUACUAAAAUUCGCCAAAAUCUCAGAGCACGCCACCACUCCGACUAGAGGAUCUGCAAAAGCCGCUGGAUACGACCUAUACAGCGCCUAUGAUUAUACUAUUGGCCCUAUGGAUAAAGCCAUUGUGCUGACCGAUAUCCAGAUUGCUGUACCUACUGGAUGCUAUGGCCGAGUAGCCCCACGCUCUGGUCUCGCAGCAAAUCACUUCAUCGAUGUCGGUGCUGGUGUGGUGGACGAGGACUACAGGGGGAAUCUUGGUGUGGUUCUUUUUAACUUCAGCAAGUCGGCGUUUGAAGUGAAAAAAGGAGAUAGAGUUGCUCAGCUAGUCUGUGAAAGAAUUUUUUACCCUGAGCUGCUGGAGCUAGAGACUCUGGAAGAGACUAAGCGAGGCUCUGGGGGAUUUGGCUCCACUGGGAAAAACUAGUUUGGCUGCUCUUAUGCAAAUAUUUUAAUGUAGUACUUUUAAAGUGAAUAAAACAUUGUAACAAAAAUCA